AUGCUGGUCAACGUGUACUGCGUGCGGAGGGACCUCUCAGAGGCGACCUUCUCAGUCCAGGUCAGCCCCGACUUUGAGCUCCGCAACUUUCGCGUCCUCUGCGAGCUGGAGUCCGGGGUCCCUGCCCAGGAGAUACAGAUUGUCUUCAUGGAGCGACUCCUGGCUGACGACCACUGUUCCCUGGGCUCCUAUGGCCUCAAGGACGGCGACGUAGUGGUUCUGCUGCAGAAGGACAGCGCGGGCCACCGGCCUCCGGGACGGACCUCGACCCAGCCCCGGAUGGACUUCACCGGCAUCGCGGUGCCCGGGACGUCCAGCGCCCGGCAGCGGCCCAGCACCGCCUCGCGCGCGCACGGCCUGGGCUCAGGGGAGAAGGCAGCGGUGCGCUGCCUGGACAGCCCGGCGCUGAUCCGCAGCAUGCUGCUGUCCAGCCCGCACGACCUGUCGCUGCUGAAGGAACGCAACCCCGCGCUGGCCGAGGCCCUGCUCAGUGGGAACCUCGACACCUUCACGCAGGUCCUCAUGGAGCAGCAGAGGGAACGGGCUUUAAGGGAGCAAGAGAGACUUCGCCUCUACUCGGCUGACCCGUUUGAUCUGGAAGCUCAGGCCAAAAUAGAGGAAGAAAUCCGGCAGCAGAACAUCGAAGAAAACAUGAACAUAGCGAUGGAAGAGGCGCCCGAGAGUUUCGGGCAGGUGGCCAUGCUCUACAUCAACUGCAAGGUGAAUGGGCAUCCCCUGAAGGCGUUCGUGGACUCGGGCGCCCAGAUGACCAUCAUGAGCCAGGCCUGCGCUGACAGGUGCAACAUCAUGAGGCUGGUGGACCGGCGCUGGGCGGGGGUCGCCAAGGGCGUGGGCACGCAGAGGAUCCUCGGCCGUGUGCACCUGGCGCAGAUUCAGAUCGAAGGUGAUUUCUUACAGUCCUCCUUCUCCAUCCUGGAGGAGCAGCCCAUGGACAUGCUCCUCGGCCUGGACAUGCUCAGGAGGCACCAGUGCUCCAUCGACUUAAAGAGGAACGUGCUGGUCAUCGGCACCACGGGGACCCAGACUCACUUCCUCCCGGAGGGAGAGUUACCCGCGUGCGCCAAGACCAUCCACAGUGCAGGGCAGGAAGCGUCCCCAGACAAGUAG